AUGCCUAUCAACUACAAUCCCGAAAAGGAUAUUCCCGAUCUUACGGGGAAGUCAAUCUUUAUAACAGGAGGAACCAGCGGCCUCGGCGCAGAAUCGGCAAUCCACCUCGCCAAGCACAACCCAUCACACAUCUACCUCAGCGGCCGCAAUGCCACGAGCGCAGAAAAAGUGAUCAAACAAAUCCACAAAAGCAACCCCGACCUUCUAGUCACAUUCAUAAGAUGUGACCUAGCCUCCCUGGCAUCCGUCAAAGAAGCCGCCGAGCACUUUACCAGGCAACACAUAACCCUAGACAUCCUGAUGUGUAACGCCGGAGUUAUGGCCCUACCCCCAGGCCUAACUGUAGAUGGCUACGAGCUCCAAUUCGGCACGAAUCAUCUCGGUCACGCACUGCUGAUAAAAAAGCUCCUGCCCCUCCUCGAAGUCUCUAGUAGCCCACGCAUCGUGCUCCUCACCUCACAGGGGUGGGGUUUACACCCUCGCGGCGGGAUCAUCUUCGAAAAGCUCAAGACAACGCAGGAUAUGGCAUUCGGCGGGCCGUGGCAGCGGUAUGGGCAGAGUAAGCUGGCGAAUUUGAUGUAUGCGCGCGAGCUCGCGAAGAGGUUUCCGACUAUUACGUCGGUGUCGGUACAUCCUGGUGUUGUGAGUACGGGUCUGGCUGAUGGUCUUAAACUUAAGGAUAAGAUGAUUGUUCAUGCGACUACUUGGUGGUAUAUUCUGCAGGCGCAUGAGGGUGCGUUUAAUCAGACUUGGGCUGCUACUGUGGACAAGGCGAAGCUUCGGAAUGGGGGGUAUUAUGAGCCUGUUGGGAAGUUGGAGGAUAGGAAGCUUGAUGCGAGAGCGACAGAUGAGGCGCUCGGGGAGAGGUUGUGGAAUUGGACCGAGGAGGCUUUGAGGGGAUAUUGA